AACCUUUAUUUUAAUGAAUAAUCCAUUUUUGAGUACUGAGAACAUUUAUGGAGAGGAUUUAUAUAGUGAUCCUGAUAAGGAUUUUGAAAUUCUUGAUGAUAUUAGCAUUGGAGAUAAUCCAGAAAGUCUUAAACAAACUACAACUACACCUUCUUCAUCUACAUGUAGCGCAAGCAAUGUGGAUAACAAUAUAUAUAAUAAUUCACAUGAUAUUCAUUUUGAUAAAGCAGCCGUAGAGAUGGCCAAAUUGUAUGCCAAUUCAACAUCACAUAUAAUGCAAGAACAGGGUCAAGAGGUUGAUAUAAAUUGGUUAGCAUCAGAACUUGACACUAUAUCUAAUGAAGAAUCAGCAUGGAAAAUCGAUAGUCACCAAGAAAUUGAACUAAAUAUAGAACUUAGUUCUUCACGUAUUAAAUAUGUAAAUAACACAUGCAUUAUAAUAGAUGAUCUUAAUGGAACAUCACAACGAUGCUCUCAUUCUGUGUCUAAGCCAUUAAGGCAACUUGGUGGAAUUUGGGAAUUAGACUUUGAAACG